UUAAGAUGGCUGCUGAACCGACGCGAGAAUGGAGCGAUGAACAGCUCAAAAGUGACGAUCUCCCCAAAAAAGACAUUAUUAAAUUCUUACAGGACAAUGCUGCCCAUUCGUUUCUUUCAGAGCACAAAUUAAUGGGCAACAUUAAGAAUGUUGCGAAAACCGCGAAAAAGGAGCAGCUGAUUGCAGCCUACAAUGAGCUUUUUGAGAGCAAGAGGUUCAAAGGCACAGAGCCUGUGGAGGAGGUCACAAAACAGGUCAAGGAUGUGAAGAUAGAAGAGAAGCCCAAGCAAGAAGCCAAAGUGGACCCAGUCGAUGAGGGCCCUCCAAAAUACACUAAAUCAGUGCUGAAGAAAGGAGACAAGACCAACUUCCCAAAGAAGGGUGACACUGUGGGCUGUUGGUACACCGGCACGCUGGAGGAUGGCACUGUGUUUGACUCCAACAUUCCGGCCACCGCCAGAAAGAAGAAGCAGGCCAAGCCACUGUCUUUCAAGGUCGGGAUGGGCAAGGUCAUCAGAGGGUGGGAUGAAGCCCUACUGACAAUGAGCAAAGGAGAGACAGCGAAGCUGGAGAUUGAUCCAGAGUGGGCAUACGGCAGGAAGGGGCAGCCUGAUUCCAAAAUUCCACCCAAUGCAAAGCUCAUCUUCGAGGUCGAACUGGUGAGCAUCGAUUAAGCCGCAUCCAGUCCAGGAAGAACGCAAGCCAUCCCCGGGGAACCGGUUCCUUAAAUAUAAAACACUGUACGCUGAGCACUUUGAACUCAACAUUUGGAUGACAGUAUUGAAAUGAUACAAAGUUGCUUUUUUUUUGCUUAGUAUAUUUUCCAAAUAUGUAUGUGCAUGUUUGUUGUUAAGCUUAAUAAACCAAUUUUGGAGA